GCACAUCUCUUUUUCGAUUUCAUAUCAAUAAGCAAAGAAAAACAAGAAACCGCCUUCGUUACGAACGAAUCAUGCAAAACACCUCAAUCCGGGUGUUUGCUUUCCUGCACCAACAGCUAGAAUACAGUCCCAAGCACCUACCUACUGAAGCAAAAGAAGGCAUCAUACACAAACGCCUAAGCGUGUGUAAGAAGAAAACCUCCACACAUCAUAAUAAACGAAACCAAGCGCAAAACAGCAAGAAAAAACAAGCUUGGCUUCGGAUGUAAACAAACCGUGAGUUGCAUCGAGGAGAGCCAGCAGCAGCAGAAGCACAUCCACAACACACGCUUGUCCGUUCGGCAGUCCGUCCGUCCGUCCGUCGGUUGAUUCCGUCCUGUGCAAGUUCUGGCCUGUCCCCUCGCGUAUUCAAUUCAAGCCGAUUGCACGCAAUCAGUCUGGGAGAGGGUUCAGGCAGGCCGAGCGGGAAGGGAACAACUACAUCCACACAUCAGCCAUGGGUUGAGGCAACAGAUAGGCCUCGUCGUUUUCCCUCGCUUUUUACUGUCAGCAGAGUGGUGAUCCCUUCUAGGCGAGGCUUGGCUAGAACGACAACCGCAGGAGUUCAGUUUCGUAUCAGAGUUCGAAGCGUUCAGACGUGUUUUGUAAUUGCUCCCUCGGCUGUUCUCGCGUACCGAUCCAGACAAGCCAUUCGUUGCUUACGUAGAAUUGUGUUUACCAGUGAAGUGAUCUCGUGCAAAGUGUUUUAUAAACUGUAGAAAAGAUGGCAAUCGCUUUCUAUAUUCCGGCUAUCGAUGAUGAAAUCGAAAAGCAGUAUCAGAUGCAGCAGCAGCUGAUUUUGGCUCAGCAGCAACAACAAAACCAGCAGCAGUUCAGUUCGCCACCACCGAGUCCAACGGAAUCAAUCCCGCCAACUCCACCGUUGACUCCGACGAUGACUCAAGUCAGCAUUCACCAUAACCGCUACCAUCUGGUGCAGGCCUUCCACGAGAUUCUGUUCCGUCACGCUCAAGAAAAUAACCCAACUCGUUCCCGCUGUCUGCUGUGCAACAAGCUGUACUACCUGCUCCGAAAGGUGUAUUAAUUGCUCCGUACCAAGCCGCCGCCAAAAACUGUUCAAAGUUUAGUUCCAAAAGUUAACAAUCAAGUGACUUUACCCGGCGAGCGUUUGCCCGCGUUGCUCCAGCGAAAUGAAGUGAUAUUCAUUUGUGCAAAGUUGCCGUCGCUGGAUGCGGCCCUCUCUUGGUGGAUGUUUUAUCCAGGCAACGCCCACGUCAUCCCACAUCUGUGUGGAUUGGGUCUUCCUAUGAUGGAAGUUAAUGAUUCUGAGCUGUCCCGUCGGAAUCAUUGGCGGUCUCUGAAAACGUCACGUCGGAGAGUAGCGCCCCAAUUCAGCGUUUGGUUUGACGCUUCUUGAAAAAGAAGUUCUGUGGAAACUGAAGCAUUUGUGUGACAAUUGUUAGUGAUUUAGUGAAAAAGUGCGAUUCAGGAAGCAAUCGUUUGUAAAUAAAUAGAAACAUUAGUCAGUCAAGUUGUACGUGUUCUAAGUUGAAAGAAAUGUAUCCAUUAUUCCGUGUAUGCAGCAGUGAAGAGCCUAUUACUUUACUUGGUUGGUGUUUUCCUCAUGAAUGAUAGUUUUAUUUGUUACAUACUAAGAAAAGAAGUCGUUUUUUUGAAGUUGCUCAGAAUGCCAGAUACCAAUGCCGAUGAUGGGGAACUGUAAAAUUAACGAUUCUUUAUUAAUGAUUGGUAGUAUUGUAUUUGUUCCUGUAGUUUUAUACUAAACCAAGUUGAGUGAAAUUUAGUCAUUGCUACUUGUCUUUUAUGUCAUAUUGGAUCGUUACCCAAACAUAGCUUUCAUGACCUCGUAGUUUGCUGACACCUCGCUCUUCGUAGAACAGUCGGAGCGUGCCUGUCAGUGGUUGUGAGGUUGCGAAAGGUUGUUUAAGAAACUAAGGCCUAUUUUAUACUUCCGAACAACAGCUUGGUGUAAUCCACUUGGAACAUAAACACUUUUUGUUUAUCGUUUCCUGUGCUUCAUUUACCUUUUUGUGUCCCAAUGAAACUUAGAGGGUGUGAAUGCUUUUCGUUUUCGAGCAGCUUUGAGGAUAAGUAUUUUUUGAAGAUUACUAUUUUGAUUGAGAGCGCGGUUUUUGUUUUCUCUAACAAAUUAACUCAAAAAUAGAUCUCUCCAAAAUAGGAAAUUUGUUGAUUUUUUUAUGAAACUUCGAAAAUAUAAUGUUGUUGUU